GGCACAGUGUUGUAACCUUGCAAAAUCUGAAAGGUACAGUACAGCCUGAGAGUCGGUGUAGCUGCUGAAGCCCUGUACAAUAAUACUUAGUGAAGCUGUUUGGAAUUUGAGUAAGGUAAAUGAUGACUCUCUCUUUCUCCUUGCCUCCCCCCUCCCCCCGGUACAGUGGUACCUUGGGUUAAGAACUUAAUUCGUUCUGGAGGUCUGUUCUUAACCUGAAACUGUUCUUAACCUGAGGUACCACAUUAGCUAAUGGGGCCUCCCGCUGCCACUGUGCCGCCAGAGCACGAUUUCUGUUCUCAUCCUGAAGCAAAGUUCUUAACCCAAGGUACUAUUUCUGGGUUAGGGAAGUCUGUAACCUGAAGCAUGUGUAACCUGAAGUGUAUGUAACCCAAGGUACCACUGUAGUUUCUUGGGGGGGGGGUCCCCUCUGAGCUUUUUGUCCCAUCCUCUCCAUCUAAAAAUCUGUCCUCAACCUUUGUGUUUCCCACGUGUGUAUAAAUGUUGUGCUUUACCCCCCAGAGACAUCACACAACUCUUGCCCACAAGGCAAUACUACUGAAGUGGGUGGCACACGAUGUGUGUGGCGGGGGUGAUCUCUGAGAUGGCACAUGAGCUUUUCACAGAUAUUCCUCUCUUUCUCUCUGGUUGCUACAUGCACGCCUACAACUGAUAUUUCAUACAGAGACAUACUUGCUCCCUUCCCCAUCCAGAAUCCUCUCUCUUUUUUUCAAACUGUUAAAAAAAAUUUAAAAAAAAUUCCCACCUAACCUAUAUAGUUCCCUAAAAUCAACAGAAGAUAGUGGUUGCAAGUAAGGCUACAAUUCUAAACACUUUAAAAACAACAAAACCCUUUUCACAAAAUACGCUGGAACAAUUUAAAAUAUUAUAAUGAAAGAAUGUUCCACUAAAACCUGGCAGUCCCUCACCCACAAAACCAACUUGUUAGGGACUAAGCUCCACCACAUGCAAUCAUAUGCAUGUUUACUCAAAAGAAAGCCCCAUUUAAUUCAGUGAGGCUUACUCCUAGGUAAGCGCAUGUAGCCUGAGUUUGCUGAGCUUUGUUCUUACAGAAAUCAGUGUGGCUUUAGUAAUGACUAGCUUGACAUCAGUGGGACCUCAGCUCAGUGAUGGCCUCAUUUACACUAUACAUUUAAGACACUAUGAUACCAUUGUAAACAGUCAUGGUUUUCAGUCAAAGCAUCUUGAGAAUAGCAUCUUGCUUAAGGUGCUUAGAGUUGUUGUCAGGAGACCCCCUGUUUUCCCUCACAGGGCUACAAUUCCCCCAGUUCCCUGGGGAAAGGGAUUGUUUUUUAAACCACUCUUCCCAGGGAACUGGUUUGUUAAACCAUUCUGAGAAUUGCAGUUCUGUGAGGGGAAUGGGAGGGGGAUCCUAACAACUCUCAGCACCCUUAACAAACUACAGUUCCCAGGAUUCUUUGGAGGGGGAGGCAUGGCUGUUUAAAGUGGUAUCAUAGUGUUUUAAAUGUGCAGUUGUACCUUGGAUGCCGAAUGCCUUGCAAGUCGAAUGUUUUGGCUCCAGAAUGCCGCAAACCAGGAAGUAAGUGUUCCAGUUUGCGAAUGUUCUUUGGAACCCAAAUGUCCAUCGCAGAUUCCGCGGAUUCCAGCUGAGUGCAGGAAACUGCUGCAGCCAAUCGGAAGCCACGCCUUGGUUUCCAAAUGUUUUGGAAGUCGAACUGACUUCUGGACUGGAUUCCAUUUGACUUCCAAGGUACCACUGUAUAGUGCAGAUUGGGUCUAACAGAGUCUAGAUUCAAGCCAGUGGCAACCUCUCUUAUUUUCAUAUUAGACACAGUUAAACCUCACACUGUAGUAUGGAGAUGAACAAAAAAAUUUUCCCCUGGGUGUCCCAAUUCAUUCCCUUUUCAGUCAUGGAUUCAUUUCAUAGCUGUUUGCACCUCAGUAUCUUUUCCGUGCAAGUAUAACACACACACACACACACAGAGAGAGAGAGAGAGAGAGAGAGAGAGAGAGCUUUGCAUAUCUGUAAGAGCUGAGGAAGAAUGUCAAACCUCUGCAUGCAGCAGUGUAUAAUACAGCAUACAUUCAAACUCUGAACUCUGCUAGUCCCACAAGCACAGAACAGGGAUGGGACCCUGUACUCAGUUAAAGCACAUUUCAAGAUAUGAAGAAACUUACAUGGUGACCACAUGAUGGGGCACAGAAACCUGGCAUGGAAGAUCUUGAUGCUCCAUAAAUAUUUUAUUUUAUCUAUUUAUUUUUUAAAAUCACAUUUCUAUCCCACUUUUCCUCGAAGGAGCUCAGAGGGGUAUAUAUGGUUCUCUUCUACCACAUUUUACCAUCACAAAUCUGUGAGGUAGUUUAGGCUGAGACACAGUGACUGACCAGCAUGCUUCAUGGCGGUUUGGGGAUUUGAACCCUGGUCUAAAAGUCCUGGCCCAUCACUAUAACUGCUAACUGUUCACAAUGUGGUAUGGAGAUGAACUUACAGGUGGCAAACCAUGGCUGCUACAUCAAAUGUGUAAACUGAGUGUUCCAAUACGUGCCAAGCAGAAGUAGGUAGGUCCAACUGAGUUCAGCGGGGCUUACUCCCAAGCAACUGGAUAUUAUAGUGAAAGUACUGCAGGGUUCCUCAAUUCCUUCACCAGGAACAAGUACAGAAAGUCAGUUAAUUCUAGGGUAAAGUAUUGUAGCUAGAGUCCAGGCAAUAUAGUUAUGCAGGAGUGGUAUUGUUAAAGAGAACCUAUAAAAGAAGGUAAAGGACUCGUGGACAAUUAAGUCCAGUCAAAGGCGACUAUGGGGUUGCGGCGCUCAUCUCGCUUUCAGGCCGAGGGAGCCACCGUUUGUCUGCAGACAGCUUUCCACAUCACGUGGCCAGCAUGACUAAACCGCUUCUGGUGCAACGGGACACCGUGACAGAAGCCAGAGCACACGGAAAUGUGGUUUACCUUCCUGCCGCAGUGGUACCUAUUUAUCUACUUGCACAGGUGUGCUUUUGAACUGCUAGAUUGGCAGGAGCUGGGACAGAGCAAUGGGAGCUCAUGCAGAUUCGAACCGCCAGUCUUCCAGUCAGCAAGCCCAAGAGGCUCAGUGGUUUAGACCACAGCGCCACCCUAUAAGCAGGGAUGGGAUGAUACACUUUCAAUAAGCAAGUAGGAGGCAGUGUUUCACAUGAGACAUUUCUUCUGAAAUUCUCCCUCUCUCACUUUCUCUGCACUUUACAGGGCACAAACCUACUUUCACUGCCUUUCAUAUUUAAAAUGCUAUACCUUUUAGCUUUCAUCAAAAUAACACUCCAUUCUUUUGUGUUCUGCCCCUAGAUUUCUUCUCUCUGUAGGAGUAUGAACACUAUGACUUCAGACAGUUGGUUUUUAUAAUAACAAAGCAGCGCUUUUAUCUCUGAUCCUUUCAUCUCUCUCUCUUCCUUUCAAAAUGAAAUUGGCAAUCUGUUUACUCAUGCCUUGUGAAGUAAACUGUCAGGGAGACAACUAUCAUCUCAUCCCCCACCCAGACAAAGAAAUAUAUUAGUUUAAUAAAUAAAAUAGCUCAAGUAUGGGUUUCUUCCCAGGCUUUAGCUACAAAAAAGGCUUGUAGCAUAACACUACUAACAAAUUUACUGCAGCAUAAAAUGCAAGCAAGGGACAACUGCAUGUUACACACCCAGAAAUUUUGAGAUUGGUUGAGAUUACAGUAUACGUAAGGAGUAGGUUUAGGAAAUGUGCAACUAGAAAAACUAAUUUGUGUUUCCUUUCUGAUACCCCCAGCCUUUCCUCCUUUUUAAUUUAGAAAUCAUUUGAUUAACUUGGUCUUUUCUGAAGCCUAAACUCUUUUCACAGGUUCCGGCUACUGACAUUUCCUAUCAGCCUUGUCUUAACGUUGGCUAAAUUUUAUAGAAUUAACAAGAGUUCUGCUGAAUCAGGACAAAGGUCAGUGUUGUCCCCAGCACUGUGUUUCCCACAGCAACCAACCAGAUGUUGACAAGCAAGACAACAGGGGAAUAACCCUUUCCCACUCUUGUUCUCCACAGACUGGGAUUGAAUUGUAAGGGGAUCGGGCAACUGGACCUUGCCAUUCAGUAGCCUGCAACAAAACCCUUGACUCUGGGGCUGUUGCUAAAACCCUGAAUUACUGUGCAUUGUAACAGCUGAUUAAGUACUCUAUUCCUGUAGCUAUGUAUAUAUUUUUUUUAAAAAAGAGUUGAAAAUUGUGCCUUCCAACUUAAAUUUCACUCUCUCCUGGUACCAACAGUGAGAUUUUACUGUUGGGAGAGUAACAAUAGGAUACCAUUUAAUAGUUAUACAGACCUGUUGCAGGUUACCCCAUCUCCAUAGGUAAACAUGGUACCAUCCUGAGCGCUACUACUUUGUCCCCUAUAUGCUGUGCUGGAUUGCCAGCUGCUUGAAAUACCAACUCUUUGGUAUUUUGUCCUCUAUUUUGUGUCUUUGGUUCAUAAUAAUUGCAAAAUAAUGUUUUAGAACACAGCAUUCAUGAACCUGGUGCCGCCCCCUCCCCCCAAUGUUUGGGUCUCAAGACAGCUGUUGGGAAGGGCACCAGGCUGGGGAAAGGUGUUUUGUAGGCAUCACUGCAUCACACAGUCCGAUCUGGUAUGGCACAGCUUCCCAUGUUCCCUAUGUAGCUGCAAAGCAUAUGCCCACAUCAUUUUCUGCAGAAAACCUUAAGCCAAAAUUAUAUUUCUUAAAAUGGCUGCUACCAUAAGCAGUAAUUUAGAAGACGGGUUUAUGUUUUUGGUGACUGGGGCUAAUGAUGGGAGUUUCAGUCCAAAAUAUUUGGCAGGCACCAGGUUGGCGAAGAUGCUUUUAGAACAUUAGCAAAUGCCCCUCGACAAAAUAAACUGAUAUACUGUUUUUACUUGGCUAACGGACAAAUUUAAAAAGUUAAUAGCAAGUGCUCAAAUUACAAGGGAACGUGGGGGGGGGGGGGAGAGAGACCCCUUUCUAUUUUGCUCUGUCCUCCCCAGCUAUUACAGUGGUACCUCGGAUUAAGUACUUAAUUCGUUCCGGAGGUCCGUUCUUAACCUGAAACUGUUCUUAACCUGAAGCACCACUUUAGCUAACGGGGCCUCCUGCUGCCGCCGCGCUGCCAGAGCACGAUUUCUGUUCUCAUCCUGAAGCAAAGUUCUUAACCUGAAGCACGAUUUCUGGGUUAGCGGAGUAUGUAACCUAAAGCGUAUGUAACCUGAAGCGUAUGUAACCCGAGGUACCACUGUAUUUUUAGCAUUCCUGCAUUGCAGAGGGUUGGACUAGGUGACCAUGGGCGGUCUCUUCCAAUUCUACAAUUCUAGGAUGAAGCGGGAGGGCAGUGCUUGGAGGAUGAUCGAAAAUGGGUAAAGUUUCAGAGACGAACUAACUCCCAGUCUGCCAGGGCAGCGAGCGCACUUCCACCCUCAAAAAAUAUGGCCACUCUGGGUACCAACUGCCCGGACGCCAAUCCGCUGGCCCGCUCGGAAUGCCCGCGCCUCCCUUACGCGCUCGCGCGCUCUCCCAUUGGCCGGAACGAGCGCGCAACCGAAAGGCCGAGGGGAGGGGAGGGGCGAGAGCAGCGCUUGGGACGGUUGCCAUGGUAGCUACGGCGCUCCCUCCGCUGCCCGCAGGGGACAGAACGCGUAAGGAGCGCACGGAGCGCGCCGGGCAGCAAAGGAUGCGACGCGCCUUGGCUCCAAGAUGGCAGAGCGAGGGCCGGAGCAGGAGCAGGGCUCGCAGGAGGGGCAGGUGAGGGCGGCAGCCGGAAGCGCGGGAGGAAGGGAAACGGGAGCAGCCUGGAGAGGCCCCCUCCCCAAAUGUGACCGGUGGAUGGAUGAACGUGCUCCGUUUACAAAAUUGCCUGGGCUGCUUUGCUUACAGGGAGCGUAACACUGGCAAAGCCGCCUUUCUCCGCUGUCCAGUAUUCAGACACACUCGCCUCUUGGGUGGCCCCCAUCCACACCUGCUCAGGGGGUCUGCAGUAGCCUCCCCACCCCAAUAACUUAUCAAUAUUUCACAGGUGAAAUGUUGGGGAAGGGGUCGCUUUCCAACCCCUCCUUCCAUCUCCAAGGCUGGUCCUCCAGAUGUUGAGGGACUACAGAACCGAUCAUCCCUGAGCGCUGGUCAUUCUGACAGGGGCUGAUAGGAAUUGUAGUCCCAACAACGUUUGGGGAGGGCGUAGAGUCCCCUCCCUCCCUCAUGGGCUCUUUUUUGCCCACUGGCGGUUGUAUGCUGGAUUGUCGCUCUUAACAGCCCUUUACUGUUUUGGACCUCAUGUGUUGGCUAACUUUCUGUUGACAGUGUGGCUCUCUCCAGCCACUAAAUCUUACAGAGCAAGUUGCAUUUACUCAAAAGUAAGACCUGCAAAGGUCCGCAGAGCUAGCUCCCCGGGCAAAUGCACAUAGGACUGCAGCGUUAAAAAGGCAGGAAAUGUUAGACUGAAAAGAAGACCGCUGUACAUGAUUUAAAGCACGCUGUUAAUAGAAUGCUUAAUCUCACAGUGGAUUUAGUUGCCCAGUGUUUGUUUCUUUAAUUCAUUUUACCUGCCUUUGCUGGAGCUUGGGAUGCAUGUCACCCUUUCCCCCAGCUGUGGAGAAGAUAAGAGGUUUGUUGAGAAAAAGUGUGAAGUAGGUUAGGCUAUAAGAGAGAGCUGCUCACCCGCAGUGAUCCAGCAAGCUUCAGCACUGAAUAAGGUAUUAACUGGAGUAGCUGGGAUGAGGAUGGAUAUAAUUCAGUGCAAUGUUAAUGUUUUGAGCAAGUAUCUGUAUAUUUACAUGUAUGUGCACUUGAGUUAAGAUGCAUUUAUGUACUUCUCUCCCUUGUUUUGUCUUUGUUGUUCAUGUGUGAACACACUAUAAGCGUUAUGAGUUAUUUCCAUUGAAGUCUGGGAGACUGCGCAGAGUAGUAAGUAACUCCUCCAGCCGAGCCACACCUCUGAGUCAGCUCUGUAAGAGCUGGCUUCCUGCAUCAUAGUAUUUUCUCUUAAAAGGGCCACAUGUCAGAUAUUUAACUGAUAAUAGAAGAGGAAGUGUUGUCAUUUGAUGCUGUCAUUUAGGACUUUGAAAUGUCCCCCCCCCCCGGUCUGUGCAGGGUUAGCUCCUGUGCAUUUGGGCUGCAAUCUUAUGCACAUUGGCCCAAUGGAAACUACAGAGGGAAUUACUUCUGAAUAGACAUGCAUAGGAUUGCUCCGUAAACGUAUUUUCCCAGGGCCAUUGAAUGACUGAUAAAGGGUCUCCAGUAUUUCUUACCUUGGGUAUUUGGAUCCAGCAUGCCUCUUUCCAAACUGAUGAAAGUCGAUUGCCGUACUCUAUGCUUGACAGCCAACAAGGAUCUUCUGUCUUUCAUCUUGUAGCUUUACUGUCUCUGCCUUUUUUAUUGUGCUCUGUGACAGGUUCUUAGUGAUAAAAAACUAAGAACUAAUAAACUGGGAGACAGGUUUGUGCUAUUCCAAAAAUGAACACACAAACCUACAGUUUUGUCUCUCAGCCUGUUCCAACCUUUCACACCUCACCUGCUCCUAUCAGCUUGCUCCAACUCUGUAGUUCCCCAGUAUUGUGAACCCCUGACACUAAAAUGCCACAUACACACCCCUUUCUGCUAGCAGAGACCACCUUUGUCUUCCAAUGUUUAAAGCAACAGGUACCUAUCUGGGUGUGCUGGAAACAACCCUUGAAUAUGUUGCAUUGAGCAUAGCAACACAAAAUCUUAAGAGAUACAGAUUCAGGUAGGUAGCCGUGUUCGUCUGAUGCAGUUGAAAUAUAUAUAAAAAAGAAGAAGAAAAUCCAGUAGUACCUUAGAGACCAACUAAGUUUGUUCUUGGUAUAAGCUUUCAUGUGCAUGCACACUUCUUCAGAUACACUGAAACAGAAGUCACCAGACCCUUAUAUAUCGUGGGAGGGUGGGGUGGGGUUUUUCUCAGGAGGGUAGUAGGAGAUGGGUAAUUGACUCAAUGGGUGUGGAAAACCUGUUGUUGUUGUUGUUGUUGUUGUUUAGUCAUUUAGUUGUGUCCGACUCUUCGUGACCCAAUGGACCAGAGCACGCCAGGCACUCCUGUCUUCCACUGCCGUUGGUCAAACUCAUGCUGGUAGUUGACGACUGUUAACGACUGCAAUUAGUCCUACAGGAAAAAGCAAGGGAUAGCAUGCAGAUGUUUAGCAUAUGUAAUGAGACAGGAAUCCAAUAUCUCUAUUAAGACCAGGUCUCUCCAUAGUUUUCAGUUUAGUGAUAAGUUGUAAUUCAGCAACUUCUCUUUCAAGUCUAUUUCUGAAAUUCUUUUGUAGUAAGACAGCUGCUUUGAGAUCCUGUAUUGAAUGUCUUGGGAGACUGAAGUGUUCUCCUACUGGCUUCUCUGUCUUAUGAUUCCUGAUGUCAGAUUUAUGUCCUUUUAACCUUUGGUGUAGGGUUUGGCCUGUUUGUCCAAUAUAGAGUGUUGAAGGGCACUGCUGGCAUCAUCAAUGCUGGCCUUUCUCCUUCAGCUGUCCAUAUAUUUGGCUUUCAUGUGAAGGGACUUUAUGUGUGUACAGCAGUUCAUGUGUGGAGCCCCUUCACACACUGGCCAAAUGUUGUGUGUGGCAGUUUGGCAGCUGUGCUUAUUGGCAAGGGAAAGGAUUAACCUCAGUCCCACAACUCUCCACAUUUUUUUUUAUUUUUUAUUUUUUAUUUUUUGCCCAAGGGUAGGAUUACGUCUAAGGCCUACAGAGUGCAAGAACUAUGCAUGUGCCUCUUUUCUGCAUGGUAACUUCUUGCUUGUUAUGUAUUGUAGCUACAGCCAGAAAGAGUUCUGAUUACUGAGGGGCAGGAGCACCCUGAAUCACCAGAAUCUAUUGCUGAACCACAAAAGAGAAAACCCCAAAUUCUUGAAGUGGUAUUGUCCAUGGAUGAGACACAAGAACCUAUCAUGGAGGAAGCACCAAAACCUAUCGUAGAGGAAGCACCUGAGCCUAUCGCGGAGAUAGCAGCAGAAUCUGACAUGAGCAAGGCACCAGAAAUUGCCACGGAGGAGACACCAGAACCAACCCGCCCAGCAUUUCAUCCUGUUUCCUCUUUGGAAGGUCUUGGCUCUAUACUCACUCAGCAACAUAAGAGAGGAAUUGUGUUUCCACAUGGUUUGGUCAGAUCGGCAGAAGGCAUCGUGAUCUCUGAAGAAUUGGCGCCCCAACAAGUACCGUCUCAGGAAAUGGUGCCUCAACAAGUGGAACCUCCAAUAAUAGAAGAGCAGCCUCCCCCAACAUUUGUUCCUUCUGUGGACUUCUCCGAGGAGAUGCCUGUUGUGUAUCAAGAUCCCUUUGAAGUUUCACUUAGGUACAUGGAGAAGCAUAAUAUUCUGCAGAUAUUUCAGGUGAACCACUCCCUUUUUGCCUUUUCUGUCAAAGCUGCCUUCACUUAGGCAAAAGCGUGCACAGUGGCUGUUCUGAACCAACCCAGCCAGUGCCUUUAUACACAGUGGUUUGAGGGAAUCUCUUAGCAUUUGGGGGACAUUACUAGCCCUGGGACGUGGGUGGCACUGUGGGUUAAACCACAGAACCUAGGACUUGCCAAUCAGAAGGUCGGCGGUUCGAAUCCCGUCACAGGGAUUCGAACCGCCGUGCUCCGUGUCCCUGCUCCUGCCAACCUAGCAGUUCAAAAGCACAUCAAAGUGCAAGUAGAUAAAUAGGUACCGCUCCAGUGGGAAGGUAAACAGUGUUUCUGUGCGCUGCUCUGGUUCGCCAGAAGUGGCUUAGUCAUGCUGGCCACAUGACCCGGAAGCUAUACACCGGCUCCCUUGGCCAAUAAAGCCAGAUGAAUGCCCCAACCCCAGAGUCGGCCACGACUGGACCUAAUGGUCAGGGGUCUCUUUACCUUUACCUUACUAGCCCAUAUCCUCUUUUGAGAGUACUCUGCAUUAUAUUCCAUUCCAGCCACAAGAAUGAUUGUGGAAGGCUUUUGUCCCAUAGAUGCCUAACUGGGCUUUCUCAAGAGAUUACAAGCUUCACAUAGUGUCCCCUUCACAUAGUGUCCCUCUCAAGAUCUCUGAGAUCUAUUCCUUGUCUUUAGGACAUCUGCCUUUAGGAAUACAGUGAUGGAGCAUCUAGCUCAAUGUUUCCCAAACUUGGGUAUCCAGCUGUUUUUGGACUACAACUCCCACCAUCCCUACCUAGCAAGACCAGUGGUCAGGGAUGAUGGGAACUGUAGUCUGAAAGCAGCUGGACACCAGUGUUUGGGAAACACAGAUCUAGCCCUUCAGCUGUUGUUGGACUCCAGCCACGAUCAUCUCCAGCCAGCAUGGCUAAUGGUCAGGGAUGAUGGGAGUAGUAGCCCAGCAACCUCUUGGCUGUUCUUGACCUCGCCAUUUGUGGUUUCCUUCCAGUGGGACCUGGAAUAUUGGUGGUGUUGCAUUCCUAGUUGCUGUAUCACGUUCUGCUGCAGGGGUGGGGAAACUAUGGCCCUCAGGAUGUUGCUUGGUUACAACUCCCAUCAUCCUGGACCAUUGGCCAUGCUAGCCAGGGCUGAUGGGACUUGGAGAUGAGCAUCAUCUGGAGGGCCAUGUGUUCUCAGCCUGCUGUACUGCAUCACACACACACACACACACACACAUACACACACAGAGUGAAUCUUACAAAUCGGUCCCUGUGAAUUCAUAUAGGAAGAUACUUUUAAAAUUUAUAGGAAUGGAACACAUUCCAGUGGUGAGACAGGGGGUUGCUGCCGCUCAGAAAAGAAUAGAAAGUCUACCUUGUUGCAUGAGUGCACAUUUUCCCCUAUACUUCUCUGUACAGGGGCAUCUCUCUCUCUCUCUCUCUCUCUCUCUCUCUCUCUCUCUCUCUCUCCCUUUUCCUUCCUAUUUUGGUGGUUUAGUAGUCCUAGUGCUGUUGCUUUUAAAUGCAGUUGUGGUUGUUGUUUUUUAAUUUAAAAAGAAAAGAAAAAUGAAGAGAUUGACCUAGAAACCAUUCUGUACAUCAGUGCAAAACAGUAUGCCAAGUACAAUAACUGGAUUAGUUGCAUCACAAAGAAAUACAACAGUAUCAAUUGUACAAAAUCUAAUUCAACGUUUCUUUAUUUUUAAAUUCUUGGUUGACUUUCCUGAGAGCAACCCAAAGGUAACAUACAAUGAUACAAGGCAUAGAAGACCCACAUUACAACAUACAAUAAUACAAAUGAUAAAACACAGAAAAUAAUAAUCCAAAAAGCAAAAAAAAGCCCCAAACACAACUAUGCCAGGCAUUGCAAUAAUCCUAGAUGGCAGCAAACCAAAACCUAAACAAGCCUUUUCAGAAUAAAAUGCCUGAAGUGUUGGCCUGCAAUGAAAAGAACCAAAUGGAAAAAGAGGAGUAAUGCAAGUUAAAGAUACUCUGUUCUCAAAAGCAAAGCAUGCACAUUUGUGAAAACUGAAAUAUAUUUUUGAAAUGUAGUUGUUCUCAGCAUAGUUUUCUUUGAAGAAAUUCAUAUUCCUGUUCUCCAACUUUCCCUUUCAAAACAAAACAGCAUUAUCAAUUUUUAAUGUCAUCAAAUGGUUUAGAAAAUCCAACUACCGUAUUUCGUAAGUUGGUAAUUUAUUGUCCAAAACAUUGUCCAUAACCCCCUUUUUAAAACGCUAUCCUUGAAAAUAAAUUUUAAAUACAAAAAAUAAAAAUGAGAAAGAUGCCCAGUUCACUUCAGCUGUGGUAUCUGCACCAUUGGACACAAAUCAGUCAAAAGUGUCCAUCAUUACGCCUGCCAAGAAUGGCAUCUCUCCACCCAUUUCUGUUGCAUACGGGCUCCUUGAUGAAUCAUUUUGAAAGGCUCAGAGUUUGCAUACACCAGAAUUAUUUUUGCUUAUGGGCCUGUGAUCUUGGUUAGUUCACUCAGUAUAAAUCCAAGUUCAGACAUAACAGGGGACUCUGGUUUAAUAUAAGCCACCAAUGAAGCGCCAACAGAGGAGGAAUGUGCGAGCCUGGCACUUUGGAAAAUAGUGACAAGAGCAGGGAAAGGAAAGGAGGAAGAAACCACAGGACAGUGCCAUUAAUAAUCACUGAACUGGUCUAGGGCAUAUUUUCCCAGAUUCAUAAACCAUGUCAGAAAAGCUGAUCCAAACCAGCUCAGUGACUGUGUACUGUAUCCAGAUAGGCUCUACUUGGAAUAGACCCACUGGAAUGAAGGCACUUAAGUUAGUCAUGCCCAUUAAUUUCAGCAGGUCUACUAUGAGUAUGACUGAUAUUGGAUACAACCCAUAGCACUGGGUUUGGGGUUUUUGGCCCUUGUGACUUUGGGUUAUUGUUUUUAUGCUGUUGCUAUGAUGGUUAUAUCUGGUCUGUUUGAUUGAUGGUUGUUUUUCUAAAGUUGUAAGUCACUCUGGGGACCCUUGGAGUUGAACACGCAGGAUAAAAAUAACUUAAUAGAUAAUUACAGGCAGUUAGUUAUAUAUUAAUAUAUUUCAACUUCCAAGUGCAAUGUGCUUACCAUUAUUGCUUGAUAUAUUGCUUUUUAAAAUAUUCAUCUACUUAAACAAUUGUGCAAUUGAGGAAAGCAGUUGAAAUUUGAAAUAAUCUGCAAUGAAUCGUGUAGAUUUCUAAAUACUGUGUUAUUUUAUCUAUCUAUCUAUCUAUCAUCUAUCUAUCUAUCUAAAUAAAUAAAUUGCUCAAUAAACAAAUCCUAUAUUGGGCCUGUAAUAGAUGCACUUUGUAACUUGCAACUUGCAGUUUUCAUAGAAUCAUAGAAUUGUAGAGUUAGAAGGGACCUCCAGGGUCAUCGAGUCCAACCCCCUGUAAUGCAGGAAUCUCAGCUAAAGCAUCCAUGACAGAUGGCCAUCCAACCUUUGCUUAAAAACCUCCAUUGCAGGAAUGUCUACCAUCUCCCAAGGGAGUCUGUUUCACUGCCAAACAGCUCUUACUGUCAGAAAGUUUUUCUGAUGUUUAGUUGGAAUCUCUUUUCUUACAAUUUGAAUCCAUUGGUUCAACUCCUACCGUCUGGAGCAGGAGAAAACAAGUUUACUCCAUCUUCCAUGUGGCAGCCCUUUAGAUAGUUGAAGAUGCCUAUUAUAUCUCCUCUCAGUCUCCUCUUUACCAGAAGAGGAGCCCAGAACUGUGGCGCCCGGAACUCAACACUGUACUCCAGGUGUAGUCUGACCAAGGCAGAAUAGAGCGGGACUAUUAGUUCCCUUGAUUUGGGCACUAUAGGUCUGUUGAUACAGGCUAGAAUAGUAUUAGCUUUUUUAUUUUAUUUUUUUUGCUGCUGCAUCAUACUGCUGACUCAUGUUAAGCUUGUGGUCCACUAAGACCCCUAGAUCUUUUUUUACAUGUACUACUGGCAAGCCAUGUGUUCCCCAUCUUAUAUUGGUGCAGCUGGUUGUUCUUGCCUAAGUGCAGAAUCUUACAUUUGUCCCAACUGAGUUUCAUUUUGCUGGUUUGAGCUUAGUUCUCCAAUCUGUUAAUGUGGGAGUGUGUGAACAUUUCAGGUUAUCGAGCAUAUGUGUUAGAGCACCUGGGAUUUUGCUGUACAGUAGACAUUUUUCAGGAAAGAUGAAAUGACACAUCAUGUCUGUAUUUGUAAAUAAUACAUAUUAUGUAUAUCCCAUACCUUUCCCAUCCUGAAAAGAAGACAAGCCAUUCUUGCCUCUGGCAAUAUAAUUUUGUAUCUUUUCAUUGUUUGCCUUCGGGAAAGGAGUAUAAUGACUUCUGUCUUUCUCACUCAGGAGAUCACUGAAAAUCUGGUGUAUGAGAAGCCUGAGAGGCCAUUAGAAUUCAUGUUGAGACAGGUAUGUCGUCCCUGCAAGGCACACACUGCUUGACUGUUAUGCUUCUCUGAAGAAGCAGAAAAGGGGCAUUGGAGCUGAGAAAUAUAUUUUUCUUGCUUGAGGCGGGGAAAAGAGAGCGGGCAGUUACAGAAAAUGAGAGCCAUAACACCCUAGUGCUUAUAAGUACAAAAUUGUGUUCUGGAAGGAAAAGGCACUGGGGGGUGGAAGAUGCUAUAGAAGACCUACCAGAUGCUCCUCAGUUUAAAGAAGAGAUGACUUCCUCUUUUGGGAAGAUGGGCAGCUCAGUAGCAGAGCAUCUACUUUGCAUGCAGAUGGUCUCGGGUUCAAUCCCCAGCAUCUCCUGGUAGGGCUGGGAGAAAUUCCUGCCUCAGUUCCUGCAGAGCUGCCACCAUUCAGUGUAGACAACACACAGGUGAUCCUGCAAGCUUGGUGAAACUUCCACGGAAGAUGGCAGUAUCUAAAUAUACUAUGCAGAACCACCUCCGCCACCAGCUCCCCUCGUGUUGUGCUUAGGUUUGGAGAGGUGAAUCUUGUCUGGACUGCGACAGAGAGAAAGAGCAAGUUAAAUUUCCCAGAGAUUUAAAUGGCCAAGGCUCCCCCCAGCAGUUAUUAUGCACAUAACAAACAUGGGCAUUUGUUUUCAUUCACAUCUGGUUUGGCCGUCAAUUGAGGAUUGGGGUUAAAGAUGUAUAUUUUUAAUUAAAAAAUCAUUAGCAUGCAGCAAGUAGCUAAUACACUGACUGAUGCUCUCUGGAUUUGUUUUUGGUUUUCGCUGCUUCCUUAGGUUCAGAAUAUGAUAAGGAAGCAGGCGUCUGAGAGACAUAAAGAAGACAACAAGCCGGUGUAAAAGAUGAAGACCCGAAAGCUCAAUGAACUGCUCUUGGAUGCUGCCCUAGGUGGAACAAGUUCCAGUGCUGCCCUCCCACAUGUUCUGUCUAUGCAAAUUCUAUAGAUUUGAAUGCUGUCGGUGGUAGCUGAUUUCUUCCAGUGUGGGUGCUGUGCUGGGUGAUCUAGGACGAUAGGAAGUACAUAGUUGCACCGGAGCGCAGAAUGUCACAUGCCUUUUAGGAAGCCACCAAGGUACUCGCCAUCCAGUACUAAGGCAGUAAUCCUAAAACAUACUGACUGUCAUAGUAAGAGCUGAUCUACAUAUCCUGCAGAAUCAGAUCAUGCUGUCUUUGCUGGAUUGGCCCAUCUCAGAUUGCAAGGGGGGGGUACAUUUUGAAUGUGUUCCCAUGGGGGGAGGAAACCCUUUCUGCAUAUAGAAAGCUAAGAUUUGAGGAAGAAUUCCGCUUUGCAAGUCUUUGCCCUGUGAGACCAAUUCCAUAUGUACAAAUACAAUUAUUCCCCACCAUACAGGAGCUUUCAGGUACACGAUUCAUCACUUGCAGACCAAAGUAGGGGGGGAAAAUUGUAUCACGUGAUGCAGCUGCAUGUGUAAAUCAAUGGGAAUAUUUGUGAGUAAAUAGCCUCAGGGUCCGUAUGCAAGUCUCCCAACAGUUAAGCAACGUGGUUCCCUCACAUUUAACUUAGCUAGAUAAAAGUAAUUAAUUUUGUGGGGGCACUAUCUAGUAAUAAUGGUGAUGAGACUACACUUAACUGAAUUGUGAAUGCUUGGGUGAAGCAUUAAUAAUUUUAAACUAGGCUUAACUAAAUAUGAAUUAAUGUCUAGGUGUUAGAACGUAUCUAGAAUUCUGCUUGUUAGGAAAAAAAAUAUUUUCAACUUCUGGUUGUAUGGUGCUCUAAAUGAGAGCCCAUUUAUCUAAUUCAAUUUAAUGCUGGCGCACCUCCCCCCCCUCCCAAAUUACCUUGGGCACCUAUGCAACUAACCAAGCUUACAAUGCUUUUUCUGAUGUCAGUUGUUGAAAAAAACUGAAUUUAAAACUGAUGGAUGCUUGCAGUUGCCUAAUUUGUAAUAUGUCCCCCAUUCUGGAGAUUAAAGAGAGGGCAGUGUCUGUUGAUUCUUUGCAGUAAUUGGACUCAGAAUUGGUGGUGUGUUGCUAUAGUAGCCAAGAUACCUGUUUUCCUGAAGUGGUCUCUUAUGAAUUACAUAAUUCUCUCUCAGUUCUGUAAUUAGGAAGAGUCUAUUGCCCUCCAACCAUUGUUGGCCUCCAUCUCCCAUCAGCCCCAGCCAGCAUGAUCAAGGAUGGAUGGGAGCUGCAUCUGAAUGGCCACAGGAUCCCCACUUCUGCCUAGCUUAAUGUUUGCAUAUUCUGAAUCCAUAGGAAUUCAAGUUAAAUCCAAGGUACUCCAUUUCCUGCUUCUGCUGACGGGAUUCAUGCUUCAGAGAGACCUGUUUAUUUAUUUGCUGAUGGGGGGAAAAGAUUAUUUCCCUAUGUUCUCACAAUGUACAGGAACCAAACAACAUAUUCAGAUUUAUUUGUUGUUAGCUUUUAGGUCAAGAAUUGAUGGGUUCGUCUUUGCUAAAAAAAAUAAAGAUUUCUAAGCAAUUUUCAUCUAUGUGCAACUACUGAUCAUGUGCAAGGCAAAGGCUCUGAUUCCAUUUAAUAAAUUAAUUUUGCUCAGU